AUGUCAUCUUUAUUCACAAGUGACGAACCAUCCGGUGGUAAGGUUCCAUUACUGGAAUCUACCAACUAUUAUUCAACCGUAGGCGCAUCUACCACCACACCAUCGAAAUCAACCAAAAUCAAACCCACUUGCUUAUCAACACAGACACCUCCAAGCGCAAGUACUAUUGGUACCAGUUCCAUCAAAAAACUGAAUCAAGGCCCAUUUAAUACGUUUGGAUUCAAUACUCCAUUACGUACUACUCAUUUAGAUCCAACAAUAUUAUCAACUAUAAGCUAUGAUCUGAGUUUGUACAGUAUGCAAUCUACAUAUUUGUCACCAGCAUCUUCAUCUCCACAACAACAACAACAACAGCAGCAGCAGCAGCAGCAGCAGCAACAACAACAACAACAACAACAACCACCAUUGGCAGACAAAUCUGAAAAAGAAAAGGGAUCACCACCAACUAAGAAAAAAAGAAACAGAUCAACUACAACUGAAAAUGAAUCUACAACUCCUUACGAGACAAGCACCACAAACAAUACUUCAUCCAUUAGUAAACCUUUUAGUUUAUAUUCCGAAGAGAAACCUCCUUAUUCAUAUGCCACACUUAUUGGCAUAUCAAUCUUGUCUCACCCUGAAAAAAGAUUAACUUUAUCAAAUAUUUAUCUGUGGAUAUCUGAUACAUUUAGAUUUUACAAAAAAGAAGAUGUUGGCUGGCAGAAUUCAAUAAGACAUAACUUGUCACUAAACAAGGCAUUUGUAAAAGGAGAGAGAUCGAAAGACGGUAAAGGCCAUUAUUGGUGUAUAAAACCAGGAUUCGAAGAACAAUUUUUGAAAAGUAGAAGUGUCAAAAAGUCUUCGUAUCAUGAAGUCAUGGAUCAACUAAACUAUGCCACAAAGAUGAAUGCGGCAAUGGCUGCAGCGGAAGCCACUACUGCUGCUGCUGCUCAAAAAUCGAAUAGUCAAACACAAGUGAGUGAAAACGUGGAUGCAAAAUCUCUGGAGAUGGCAACUACAUCUAAAAAAAAGACUAGAAAGAAGCCAAUCACUCUAAUGUCUUCACCAACUAUAUCUUACAAGAGACCACUUGAAGAAGAACAAUACUCCACUAAUUCUGAGGACAAUGAUGAUGGCUAUGGAGAAGAAGACAUCACUAUAUUGGAUCCGCCAAUCAAAAAAUUCAAGUCCCAAAGAACUAGCCAUGAUGAUGAUGAUCAAGACGAUCUGUUAUUACAAGUAUCUUUGAAACUGAAGUCAGAUAAUAACAACUAUUCAUUAGAUCUACCAUGGUCAGCUGAUACUUUAUAUUCUCAAUCACCUACUAAACUACCACCCAUUUCCCACCUUACCAAUUCAGUGUUGUCAACUCCAAAAGCAACUCCUAGAAGCAACUCAUGCAAAGGGGGCAACUACUACAACAGCAACAACAUCAACAACAACACUAUACCCCAAUUUCAUAUCACUGAAUCCCCCGAAAAUAUACUCGCUGGAAAAAACUUGACAUUUACGUCAUCAUUCAGCUGCAAUUCAAAUUUUGAAUUAUCACCAUUGAGAACAAGUGAAACUGGCCCACUAUUGGAACCGGUAACACCAGCAAAUAACAACUCCAAAGCAAGCCUGCUGUACCACAUAGCUCAAUUUGCUCCACUGCAAUCGCAAUCGCAAUCGCAACCGCUGCUGGUGAAACUGGCACUGCUGCAUUAUCAACUACAACAUGGCAAUAGCAUAUUUGGAUCGACUUCAAAACAAAUGUUUAUCUUGACAAGGACGCCCAAGUCUACCACCACGCCAUUACGCAAAACGCCAACUACAAAUUCAAUCAUUUCGUAUCUUGAAGAAUACUUUAGUCCAUUGAAUGAGAAUCAACUAAGUAUACAACAACAGCAGCAACCACAAAUACAUCAAUUACAUCAAGCUAGUAACAUACACAUUCCUGCACUGCAUCCAUUACAUUAUGUACAGACUCCACCAUCAACAAGUGCAAGUGCAGCAGCCUCGAGUUCGUUAUUGAUGCAACUGACGUUGUUGUCAGAUUCUACAUCAUCGUCGUCAAGUACUUCCAGUACAUCAUCGCAUCUGAAGUUGAAUAAUGUGGUGGCAAGCAGCACCAUGAAGAAUGAUGAACACGUUGAUGAUGAUGACGUUGAUGAUGACGAUGAUUAUGAUGAUGACAGAUAUUCCGCUUUCAAAUCGAGUCCAAUUUUGAAACGUGGAUUCAGUGAGUCCAAGAACAAGAAUUUGACUCAAAAAUUGGAGAAAUUGCAACACGAGCUGUAA